AUGGUCACGGCCAAGCGGUUCGCCGCUGCGCUGCCCUCGCUGCCUGGGCGCCUCUUCGACGUCGCCACGCGGGCGCGGCUGGGCGGGGGCGAGCGGCCCUUCCCGUGGAGGGACCUCAGCACCGACCCGUGGCAGACGACCCCGGUGUUCUACCCGCAGCUCCCGAGCGAGGGCCCCUUCUGGUCGCCGUCGCAGAGCCCCUCGGUGGCGCGCGUGGUGGAGGCGCUGCGGGCGCGCUUCCGGGAGCUCCGCGGGGAGUUCCUGGGCGCGCUGCCCGCCCUGGAGGUCACGGCGGGGAGUGGCGACCGAGUGGCUGACCGUGAGCCCCGACUGCGGUAG